AUGGGAUUAUAAGAAAAGCAUAUUUCUUCGUCUGUACUACAGUGUCUACAGGCUACAGAAACAGUUGGUUGUGGAGUAGCUUCUCCUCCAUUUUCUUCUUCUGAGUGAACCGACAAGUGAUCGGAAAGCUUUAUCGUAGUAUCUUGAAGCUGCAAUCAUGCCUGGCGGGGGUUUCGCCGCUCCGGCAACAGCCGGUACUGAGUUUGAAGCUCGGAUUACACCGAUUGUCAUCAUUUCAUGUAUAAUGGCUGCCACCGGAGGUCUGAUGUUCGGCUACGACGUCGGAGUUUCAGGUGGGGUUACAUCCAUGAAUCCAUUUUUGAAAAAAUUCUUUCCAGUUGUCUAUCGAAGAAAACAGACAGGCGAUGACAGCAAUUACUGCAAAUAUGAUAAUCAAGGAUUGCAGUUAUUUACUUCAUCUCUAUACCUUGCCGGCUUGACUGCGACCUUCUUUGCUUCCUACACUACAAGAAAGCUCGGCCGGAGGUUGACGAUGCUUAUCGCCGGCUUCUUUUUCAUAUGUGGGGUGGCCCUAAACGCUGCGGCGCAGGACCUCGCAAUGUUGAUUGUAGGAAGGAUCCUUCUUGGGUGUGGGGUCGGUUUUGCUAAUCAGGCAGUCCCACUGUUCCUAUCAGAGAUAGCACCUACAAGAAUACGUGGAGCAUUAAAUAUACUAUUUCAACUAAAUGUCACCAUCGGGAUUCUCUUUGCCAAUCUAGUCAACUACGGAACCGCAAAAAUCAAAGGCGGGUGGGGUUGGAGGGUAUCACUGGGGUUGGCUGGGAUCCCUGCACUCCUCCUCACUGUUGGGGCCCUCCUGGUGGUCGACACUCCUAACAGUCUCAUAGAGCGUGGUCGCUUGGAAGAAGGUAAGGCAGUGCUCAGGAAGAUUCGAGGCACCGACAAGAUUGAACCUGAGUUCCUUGAGCUCGUCGAGGCUAGUCGUGUAGCUAAACUAGUCAAACACCCCUUCAGAAACCUCCUCGAGCGAAGGAACCGUCCCCAGCUGAUCAUCGCAGUGGCUUUGCAGUUCUUCCAACAAUUCACUGGGAUCAAUGCGAUUAUGUUCUACGCUCCAGUUCUGUUCGACACACUAGGUUUCGGUGGUGAUGCCUCCUUGUACUCUGCAGUCAUCACAGGAGCCGUCAAUGUCCUGUCUACUGUCGUCUCCAUCUACUCCGUCGACAAGGUGGGUCGUCGUUUGCUCUUACUGGAAGCAGGUGUUCAAAUGUUCCUCUCUCAGGUGGCAAUCGCAAUAAUAUUAGGGAUCAAGGUCACGGACAAAUCAAACAACCUUGGCACAAGCUUUGCAAUUCUGGUAGUGGUGUUGAUUUGCACCUACGUCUCUUCGUUUGCUUGGUCAUGGGGGCCACUUGGGUGGUUGAUACCCAGUGAGACAUUUCCACUGGAGACACGUUCAGCUGGACAGAGUGUUACAGUUUGCAUCAAUCUUCUCUUCACCUUUGUGAUUGCACAGGCUUUCCUCUCCAUGCUUUGCAAAUUCCAGUAUGGGAUUUUCUUGUUCUUCUCCGGAUGGGUUGUUGUCAUGUCGUUCUUCGUGUUAUUCCUUGUACCGGAGACUAAAAACAUCCCAAUUGAGGAGAUGACUGAACGAGUUUGGAAACAGCAUUGGCUCUGGAAGAGAUUCAUGGACGACGACUAUGAGCACAAUUUUUCUGGAGAUAUGAACGGUGACACAAAGAAAGUUGGAAACAGCAAUGGUUUUGAUCCUUCUUCGCAGUUGUAAAGCUGCUCAGCUUAGUAGAAAACGUAUAUUGAUUAGAGAGUAACAUAGCUUGCUGUAUAUUUGCGGAUGGGGCAAGCAAGCUUAAGCAACCAAUGUGACUUUAUAAUUUCUACAUUCAAAGGAACUCUAUACAUUUUCCCUUAUUGCUCAUCUUGUGUGUAUUUUAAUUACUUCUGUUUGUCUAUACUAAAACCCACAAAGAGAAAACAAAUCAAGUACUGCAAGGGCUGAUUGCUGCUGAUUCCAUGGAAGCUGAUCAUUUAUCUGUACUUCUAGGACUGGAGAUAUUGCUUCUGAAAAUUGAAUAAUGUCUGUAAUAGUUGAGGUGAAGGCGAUUCAGAUAUAGCCAUCAAUUGGAUGGUUUCUGCAUAGAGUGGUUCAUCUCACCGAAAGAGCUCUGUUCUAGGACAUCCACUAUUGAGUAUAAACAGCAAAUCCAUCAAUAGAUUCCUGUAUCAUUUUUUUUUUUUUGGGUAAAGAUGGAUUCCUGUAUCUGGCAGCUUUGUAGCUGAUGAACAUGCCAUGAAAUUUGAGUACUGUUUUGCUUC